AUGGAUAUCUCCGAAGUACAUUCUUUAGAAGAGGACCGGGACCGCAAAAAUGACGAGAAAUACGAUGAGCUUGAUGUGAAGCGGACCCAAACAGCCAACCACGAUGGCGUGUUUGGAGAAAUCACAGAAGAAGGACCGAACUACCGCAAUGUGGGCUUUGUGGGAACUGCUGUGUUGAUGGCAAAGUCACAGAUUGGCCUGGGAAUUCUUUCGAUUCCAUCCGCCUUCGAUGCCUUGGGCAUGGUUCCGGGGGUUAUCUGUCUGUUGGUGAUUUCGGCGAUAACAACGUGGUCUGGCUACGUGAUUGGAGGCUUCAAGUUGAACCAUCGUGAAGUAUAUGGAAUUGACGAUGCGGGAGGCUUGAUUGCCGGCCCGAUCGCUCGCUGGUUUCUCGGGGCUGUAUUCUGUGUUUAUUGGAUCUUUGUCAGUGCGUCCGGCAUACUGGGAUUGUCAAUUGGCCUCAAUGCAGUCUCCACACAUGGCAUGUGUACUGCUGGGUUUGCGGCCAUUGCGGCCAUCCUUGGGUUCAGUGGAAGCAGUAUACGAACGCUUGGACGGAUUACUUGGCUUGCCUGGAUUGGACUUCCGUGUAUUUUGGUGGCAGUCAUGGUGGUCACUAUCGCCGUUGGAGUGCAAGACCGACCUGCCGCUGCGCCCAAGGAUGACCUACCAUGGCAUUCGGACUUCAAGAUUGUCGGCAACCCGACGUUCGCAGAGGGUAUCGCGGGUAUUUGCAACAUCUUGUUUGCUUUCUCAGGCACUCCUGGAUUCUUCGCUAUUGUAUCUGAGAUGCGCAACCCUCGUCAAUACACACAUGCACUGCUUGUCUGUCAAGCUGGCGUGACUUUGAUCUAUUUGGUCAUUGCAUGUGUUGUGUAUUACUACUGUGGCUCAUAUGUCGCUUCACCGGCUCUUGGUUCCGCUGGUGGGCUCGUGAAGAAGAUUUCAUAUGGAUUUGCAAUUCCCGGGUUGAUUGUGACUGCUACAAUUGUCACACAUAUUCCAGCCAAGUACAUUUUUGUCCGCAUCCUUCGCGGCUCCCGCCAUUUGAAUCGCAAUACCCCAACGCACUGGAUUGUUUGGCUGUGCUGCACCGGCGGCAUCACCAUCAUUGCAUACAUUAUCUCUAGCACAAUACCUGGCUUUAAUGCUCUCACUUCACUUAUUGGUGCACUUCUCGGAACAAUCCUAUGCUUCCAACCGUACGGUUGCAUGUGGAUCUACGACCAUUGGUCCAACGGGAGACACAGUUCUAAAACUUGGCUACCAAUGGUGUGCUUUAGUAUCUUUGUCAUAGUGAUAGGUUGCUUUUUGACUGUUGCCGGCACUUACGGAACUGUGCUCGGAGUUAUACAGGCCUCUGGAGAUUCGUCCCCGUUUACGUGUGCGGAUAAUUCGAAUUCUACGUGA